AUGCCUGCAAUGUCCCCCACGAUGGAGGAAGGUGGCAUUGUUUCUUGGAAAGUGAAGGAAGGAGAUAAGUUUGAUGCGGGUGACGUCUUGCUCGAGGUGGAAACUGACAAGGCCAAUAUUGCUGUCGAGGCUCAGGAUGACGGUGUCAUGGCCAAGAUCCUUAAACAGGAGGGAGAGAAGGAGAUCAAGGUUGGAACUCCAAUUGCAUUUUUGGCAGAGGUCGGCGAUAACUUGGCUGAACUCGAGUUCCCAGAAGUGGAAGAGAAGAAGCAAGAACCUAAGAAAGAGGCACCAAAGACGCCAGAACCAGCACAGCCAUCCCCGCCAGCUGAGCCUGCUCAAGCGAAGAAAACUAGCACUCCCGUGUCAUCUGGUAAGGCAGACCCUAACCAGGUGUUCUUGCCAUCGGUCGAGCUUCUGCUGGAGGCGAACGGAAUAUCCAGAGACGAAGCACUGUCAAAGAUUACAGCAACGGGGCCUAAGGGGCGGAUAUUGAGAGGUGAUGUGAAGGCAUACUUAGGCGAAAUCGAUUCCUCUAACAACUCAAAGAUUGCUGCCUACUUGGAUUCGAAGUCGCAUCUUGAUCUUUCAAACAUCGAGCUUCGUCCUGCCGCUGCUCAAGAGAAAGCUCCUGCCACAAAAGACAAGCCAAAGAAAGAACCGGUCAAAAUCACUCAUCAAUACAUUUUACCAGACAACAUUUCGAAGGACGAAGUUGUCAAGUUGGUGUCGAAAGCUGAACAAAAGGCCUACGGCAAGCCUCUUUAUGCUCCAUCUGACUUGAUCGAUCCGCUCUUCGAAGACAUUAUCGCCCCACCAAGAAAUGCUGAACGUUUCAAAAUCAACACCAGCUUCCAAACCUCCGUGGCUGAGCCUGAUGAUGACUUUGAUUUUGAGCCUUACCAGGAAACCCGGCAGCCAAACAUCUUGGACGUGGAACUCGUGUGCACAGACGUGGUCGACGCUAAAGCGCGUGCAGAGAUGUUUGUGGAUAUUCUCGGGAAAUACAUUUCGCGAGCUGAGGUUAAAAAUUAG